AUGAGAAGUGGGAAUGGAGAAAGGAAGGUGAUAAGAUGGCGGAGUUGAAGUGGAUGAAGAGGGAAAGGGAUGAAGGCGAAAAAUAUGCGGAAGAGGAAGAGGAUCAGAAAAUAAAAGAAGAGCAGGAGCACGGUCCGGCUCAUAUGUCAAGGAUGGAGCCCGUGACUCACGGCGCCUACGGCGGUGGAAUGUACGGAACGGAGAAGGUUGAAGAAGAGAAGGUCGGCAAGAAGGUACCGGCGAGCGAGAGCCAGAGUGCGGAUGGACCGGAGGGGACACCCACCAAGCCGAAGCAUCGACCUCCACCUUCCUCCGGGGAUAGAGAUAUUGAUAUCACCGGUCAAUCCUACAUCCAAUGAACUCUCUUGAAUUUAAUCUUUACUUGUUAGUUUUUCCUUUUCUGUAAUUACAUGUUCUCCUUUUUUUUUUUUUCUGUUUUGAAGUUGGAUGUUAAGAUUUAUAUAUACAUAUGAUGUGAUGGUACUCCAGCAUCAGAUUUUAUACUUUUUUUUUCGUGAAGUAAAAUUAUAUUAUUUAGAUGGGUAUUCAAAU